AUGUAUUGGACCCGUCAAGAUCAACUUUUGUUUGGAUCCUUAUUGGCUUCCUUGUCCCGUGAGCUUGCUCCCAUGGUUGCUACGGCCAAGACUUCCCGUGACCUUUGGAAUAAACUCUCUGUCACCUAUGCUAAGCCAUCAAGAGCACGCAUUAUCCGGCUCCGGGAGAGGCUUGUUAAACCUCAAGGAUCUCGAAAUAUCACAAACUACAUGUUUGAUAUUAAAGGGGCAGCAGAUGAACUUGCUUUGCUUAAUGCACCACUCAAAGAUGAGGAAAUCACCAUCUAUGUUAUCAAUGGUCUAAAUUCUGAUCUAAAAGAAAUUUCUGCAGCUAUUCGUUCAAGAGAUACUGAAAUUUCCUUUGAAGAUCUACAUGAGCGGCUGUUGGAAUAUGAGGCAUACCUACAUAAGACAGAUUCUCAAAUCCAUGAUGAUUCCCUUGCUGUUGCUCAUGUUGCAAACCGAAACAUCAACUCUUCUAAUUUUGGUCGUACUUUUUCCAAGAAACCAGAAAUUACCGUGGAAAAUGUCAGUUUUGUGACCAGCUUGGUCAUUCUGCAAAGUUUUGCCCUCAACUGA